AUCGCUCGCUGCUUGCAAUUAUUAUAGAAACUCCUUUGAUCACCCGAGGGUGUAUUGGGACAAGUCGUGGACGUAUUCCUUCUUGCCUUUCCUUCUUGCCCCUGGUGAAUCCUGCCAGCAACAUUUUCGUCACCAACCGAAAGGAAAAACGAGAUAUUGGACAGCAGAACUUAGCCAAAGCACCGCGCACAUGUCCAUCAUGCUACUCUCGCAAGUCUAUGCCAUGGCAGCAAGGAAAUCGCGAUUCAUCGUUCUGCACACUGCUCUGCUGUGUCUGGUCGUCACGACGGUGCGGGCGAGAAGCGUGCAACGGUCGGCAGAGGAUCCUAACGUCGGUCUCGAACAGUCCGGCCAACCGCCGCCGCUGGAGAAAAGUGCCACUGACCUUCUUCACGAGACGACGAAUCAAAGCUGGGUAACCUGCUGGAGGCUAAACGAAUCUCUGAGUAUGAAUACCACCGCGGAAGCGGAGCGAAUGAGACGCCCAGCCUGCUCCAGACCCCAACCAGGAUCAGAGGAUACCUGGUUACAAGUACGCCAUGAGCCACUCAACAACUUCUUUCAGGAGAUCAAAUCACCAAGAUUUCCCGAACCCUACCCAGCAGCAUUCGAAUGUCAAUGGUCAUUCACCGUUCCAGCUCACCAUAGAUACAAACUAGUGACCACACACGCAGAGUUCGAAUACAGUGCCGAUCCGGAUUGCCACGACAACCACAGCGACACCAGCCACGUGGAGGUGGUCAGCGUUGGACGGGAGCCGUUGAGAUUGAAGAAAUACUGCGGUAAUCGCAUACGACGCACACACGUGAUCACUGGAGACUAUCACAAGUCGCCGACGGUGCAUGUGUGUUUCCGGAGCAGCGGACAGCCGGCGCAGAGGGCCAAGGGCUUCAGAGCCGUCUUCUUCACAUAUCCCAAGCACGGUCUGAUAGCGUUUAACACAGAGAGAUCCGAUGCUGCUCUUCUGAAGCAGUCUGAACUGUCACACUGUGCGAAGCCAAGAUGUGUCCGUAACUAUGGUCCACAGGACGAACGAACAAAGUUCUACUACGAUGCCGGUGCAAUCAAGUCUUUGCUAAAGAGCACACUGAAGGAUGCCAAUGAAUCUGCACUGAAUGGCACGCAUGCAUGCCGCCACCAUCCGAUCCACCAGAUGCUAGUGGAUGGGGCGCGGACAAACAGCGGCGACUUCCUGUGGCAAUCGUUCCACGGUCGAGACGGCACGAGAAACCCGUGCGCUGGCGGACAUCGCACCAGACGUCGUGCAGCGCGGACACCUUGAAGCCAGCAGGCAGAUGAGCAUCACCCAGUGGCUCUAUGACAUCAUAUCAUCAGAAACAUUAUUUCAUGGCUGUAAUCAUGACGUCAUCACCACCCCACAUUGGCUAUCCACAUAAAGUGUAGAAUAGCAAUGGGUGGUGUAUCACUUGAUAACUGUCCCCUAUAUUUUCAGCACAUUUACCCAUACUCAUGACUUCAAAAAAACUGCUACUAUGGCAAAUGAUAACAACUGAGAGAUUUCUCUAUCUGUAGCCGAUACGUAUAGCCACAAAGAGCCAAUUUCUGUCUAUAAUUACCUCGAACAUCAAUGACAAUUGCAAGCAUAAACUAGAAUCCUAGCUGCCCACAGUGAACAAAAGACUCAUAAUAAUAAUAAUAAUAAUAUGUUGAUGCCCUAUCUAUUUAUCAUAACACUCUCAGUAAUCCUAUGAACAUCAGGCAUAUGUCCACAUCCAUUUGCUGUCUUCUCCGUUACACAUGCGCAGUGAAUCUGCAUGCAUCUGAGCCA